AUGGAUCUUUCCGUUCUGGUUGGUUCAGACGAUAAUCGAAUAGACACCCAUGAACUAGAGCAGAUGAGGAGUAAAUUGGAGGAGGUAAUUGUGGUAAUACGUUGUACGGCUCUCGAAAAUCGACCACGACUUCCGCGCAUACCCCUAAGCAAGUGCAAUCGGGAUGUCAUGAAGGCUCUGAACCCAUUGCUGGCAACUCACUUGGAAACCACCCGGGACUUUUGCGAUACGGAUUUGAUGCUCUUUGGCGCUGCUUUGACAGUUUGGCGCAUUGGCGGUGCCAAACUUUCCACGUCUGGACGUGCUACUGGACAAAGAAGUGCUAUCCCAGCCUGGAGAAGAAAGAUUGAGGACCGUAUCGCAAACGCAAGGGCCCUCAUCGGCAGACUGAUAAGCUCAGGUCGGGCAAUAAUAGGCCGAGAAUUGUGCGCACCGUCAUAG